GUGGUACCUUGAGCUCAGCUCCCUGGCAGGGUGGGAGGGGUGAUGAUUUUGACGAGAGAUGCUUACACACAAACUCACGCUCCCUCUCCCCAGCCAAGGUGCACUUUCCCUUCCACACCUGUGACCUGAGGAUCGAUGGCGACUGCUUCAUGGUGUCUCCAGAGGCAGACACCUAUUACGGAGCCAAGAUGAAAUGCCAGGGAAAGGGCGGGGUCCUCGCCCAGAUCGAGAGCCAGAAAGUGCAGGACAUCCUCGCCUUCUACCUGGGCCGCCUGGAGACCACCAACGAGGUGACUGACAGCGACUUUGAGACCAGGAACUUCUGGAUCGGUGAGUGUGGGGGCUGGGAUGCCCCCAGGAAUCUGGGCCGUGGAAACCAGAGCACCCACCAGCAGACAGUCAGGCUGGGGUGAAGGCUUGGAGCCCAAUGGGGCCGGCAGUCAGGCUGGCUCCCCCUGCCCCGGGGAGAGAGCGGCAGGGAGAGAGAACCACCAGGGGAGCGCGAGGGCUGGGGAGGGGCCGAAGG